AUGAACAGCACAGAAAAAGCUGAGAAACAACAGUCCGUCAUGUCGGAAAUCGGUCUUCCCAGCCCUGGAGAGGCUGGAGAGCCCAAUUCGGACCGACCGCUCGGGACAGAGUUCCGACAACAGAAUGAAGACCGUAAAGACACGCCUACAUUUUUGGCUUGGGUCACACUCUCCCGACACGCCCACUAUUGCAUGGAAAGGAGAUUUUGGAUCGAUUCAUAACAAAAACAAAUGUUUCUACAUUUCCAAGCCUUACUUUUGCCUGGAUCGAAAAUUCGAAGAAGGCAAUAAGUUUGCAACAAAGAAAUAGAAUCCAAUAAAUGGGUUUAGUAAAAUAGUUGAAAAUUCUUUAGAUCUUUUUGUAGCGCGUUCACGCUUGCUUGUGAUAACUUUUGAGUAUUAGAAAUGAAUUUUGAUACGAACUCCUACUUAGUCAUGUUAAAUUAUCAUAAUACCUACGGAAUCAAGAAGAAAUUUCACAUAUAAAAUCAAAAUCUAUACAGCUUAUAUAACCGAUGAUGAUCCAAAAAGUUACGUACAAAUUUCGAAGCUUUAUUUUUGAACAAAAAUCGAUAGUUUUACAAAAAAAUGAAAGACCUAUAAAAAAACCAAUCUUCUAGAAAUGGAAAGAUAAUUUUACUGCAAAGGGCCAAAAGAAGCAUGUUUUCCUUGUUUUUCCAAAUUCUCAAAAAAACGGUCGGAAGAAAGACUACUAAAAUAGACUUAAAGUUUGAAACAUCUUCUAGACUCGUUUUUGUCUUCUACUUGCUCUUUGGUGCCAUGUCACACUUGGCUCGCAGCUGUGACCCAAAAAAAGAGCCUUGGUGUGACUUUUUUCUUUUACAACUGAUUGUAAAUUAGAGAGAGUCCAUAAUGAAGGCUGAGAUAUGACCUCAACAGAAAAAGAUCUUUGGACUCGCAAGAAUCAAAGAUCGAGUUACUGUAUUUAUUUGAAAUAGGAUUGUCAAUCAAGGUAAAAACUUUUUGUUGAAAAAGCUGUUUCUUGUAAAGUAUAUGGAAAUUUCGUUUUUAAACAAAAAGUUGAAAUACUGAUAAUCGUGUGCCGCAGUGUACUCUAUGUAAUUCAUUUAUCAAAGAGUUUUUUUGAAAGAAAACUGAUACACAAAACAAUAUAAUUUUUAUGAUUAUUAAUUUCAGUUGAAAAAAACUUUCCGCGUACAAUUUCAUGGAGCAUUGCUCACUGGUCGCCAAAAAUACAAAAAUCCAAAACUUUGGCUUUCAUUCGUCUACACAGUUUCCGAGUUCCUAUAUCUAUUCUCGCAGAGUUUAUUUGACUUGGUAUUUAGAGAUUGUUUUACUCAUCUUAAACACUGUUUUCAAAAAACGGCGUCUGUAAAAACUGCGGAAAUUUGCUGAAAAAUCCGUUUGGGACCAAUUGUGGCUGAAAAAAGAUUGCAUUUUCUCCCUUCAAUUCGAAACUUUCCGCAGGUUUCCCAAAGUUUUUCGAUUCUAAAUGUUUCGGGCUUUUGAAGUUUCCUAACUCGAAAACGGAAUCAAUCGCGAGAAAUCUUCUUCUUUUUCUGGGAUCAGGGGGUCCAUAAGUACACUUCAGCAAAGUUCCAGCAAAAGUUCAACCGAGGGGUAAAAGAUGUUUCUUAGUCAAUCAAAAGACCGGUUAAAUGUCUGUUAAAAGAGAGUUUUAAAAAUUUUAAAAGGUUCUAUAAAUGUGCUGAAGGGUAUAUGAGAUAUUGUCGCAAGAGAAAGUGAUAGUUAUACCAUGAAACAAAAUUUUGAUCGACUAGUUCUGCUUCAGUCAUCAUCACGUGGCCAACUUCCGCUGCUUUUCCCAGCCCUCGGACUUCUGCUCAAACGAGAGAAUGAAGCAGAGCUGCAACAUCUUCCAGCGAUGGCGGCGAGAAGAAAGAUGCGUUCAUUUUUGGAAUACCCGUGGCCGAUUUCGAGACCCUUUUUUGUCGCAGUAUACAGUCUAAAACAAAAAACAGAUCAUCGUAAAACAAUGAAAUCCUCUCGAAUACUUUGAUCCCGCAAAGAAUCAGCGGAAACAAAAAAAGCUUCUCAGCAUUUUUUCCUCUUUGAUCUUUUUAGAGUAGCGAGACAGAAACACAAAAAACCUGAUUACCUAAUGAAAAGAUCCCGUCAAAGUUCGCAUCACGGAACGGCUUCCAUUGACCAAAUUUGGUGUUCAGCACCAGCAGAAAUGGAGGAAGUAGGAGUUCGGCGAUUUCCACACAGACGCGGUCAGAACUGACGACGUGACUUCUUUCUCAUGACCCUAGUGGAAAGGCCACGUGGAACGUCAACAACUUUCAAAACGUGCGCGGCCGGGUCAGUGAGAGAGCGUGGAAAAAAAGAGAGUGCGUGUCUCGGUGUAUCCUUGUUUCCCGCGGCCGCCGGCCAGUUUUUUUCUUUCUGGUACUAUCAGAAAUACCUUAACUAAUGCAUUUUUUUUGAUAAAAUGAAAACCAAUCGAUGUGACCAGCUUUUUUGCAGAUUCCCAAAUUUUUUGAAAUGCAGUUUUUGCUGAGAAAUGCACUUUCUCUUUUUUCCACGCUCUCUCACUGACCCGGCCGCGCACGUUUGAAAGUUGUUGACGUUCCACGUGGCCUUUCCACUAGGGUCAUGAGAAAGAAGUCACGUCGUCAGUUCUGACCGCGUCUGUGUGGAAAUCGCCGAACUCCUACUUCCUCCAUUUCUGCUGGUGCUGAACACCAAAUUUGGUCAAUGGAAGCCGUUCCGUGAUGCGAACUUUGACGGGAUCUGUUCAUUAGGUGAUCGAGUUUUUUGUGUUUAUGUCUUGAUACUCUCUCAAAUUCAAAGAGAAAAGAUGCAAGGAAACUUAAUUUUUUUCGGCUGAUUCUUUGCGAAAUCAAAAUGUUUGAAAGGAUUUCAUUGUUUUACGAUGAUCUGUUUUUUGUUUCAGACUGUAUACUGCGACAAAAAAGGGUCUCGAAAUCGGCCACGGGUAUUCCAAAAAUGAACGCAUCUUUCUUUCCGCCGCCAUCGCUGGAAGAUGUUGCAGCUCUGCUUCAUUCUCUCGUUUGAGCAGAAGUCCGAGGGCUGGGAAAAGCAGCGGAAGUUGGCCACGUGAUGAUGACUGAAGCAGAACCAGUCGAUCAACUUUGUUUCAUGGUAUAACUUUUACUUCCUCUUGCGACAAUAUAUCUUCUCCUUUCCGCACAUUUAGAAAACCUUUUAGAAAUUAAAAAAAACUGUUUUUUUCACCUAAUUUGCGUUUUUUGUACUUUGAAGCUUCAUAACUCGGAAACGAGGUCUACUGCGAGAAAUUUUUGUUUUGGAAUCAGGGGGUCCUAAAGCAAAAGUUCAGCCGGGGGUAAGUAACAUCCCCUGGUUGAAAAAAGUUGUUACUGUAAAAGGUUUAUGAAAAUUGAGACACUAAAUUCACCUGUAUGAAAGUUUUCACUUAAAAAGCGGCAGCAGAACAUGUACACUUCUUUGAAAACUUCUUUUUUCAGUCCACAUAGGGUUAAAACCACCUCAAAUUUCAAAAUGUUUUCAUUGUUUUCCUGAUCCUUUUUCAACUGAAUUAAAUGAAAAAAACAGUUUCAAAAUUCGAAAAGUACUUCGAAUAAUUUGAACAGCAGCAGAAACUUGUUGUGACUUCGAUUUGACUUUGAAUUAAUUCAAAAUUUUAUUUUUCAUGCUGAGAAAACUUCAAUUACAAUCGAAAAACUUUGGGAAACCUGCGGAAAGUUUCGAAUUGAAGGGAGAAAAUGCAAUCUUUUUUCAGCCACAAUUGGUCCCAAACGGAUUUUUCAGCAAAUUUCCGCAGUUUUUACAGACGCCGUUUUUUGAAAACAGUGUUUAAGAUGAGUUAAACAAUCUCUAAAUAACAAGUGAAAUAAACUCUGCGAGAAUAGAUAUAGGAACUCGGAAACUGUGUAGACGAAUGAAAGCCAAAGUUUUGGAUUUUUCUAUUUUUGGCGACCAGUGAGCAAUGCUCCUUGGAAUUGUACGCGGAAGUUUUUUUCAACUGAAAUUAAGAAUCAUAAAAAUUAUAUUGUUUUGUGUAUCAGUUUUCUUUCAAAAAAACUCUUUGAUAAAUGAAAUUACAUAGAGUACACUGCGGCACACGAUUAUCAGUAUUUCAACUUUUUGUUUAAAAACGAAAUUUCCAUAUACUUUACAAGAAACAGCUUUUUUUUUUUCAACAAAAGUUUUAUCUUGAUUGACAAUCCUAUUUCAAAUAAAUACAGUAACUCGAUCUUUGAUUCUUGCGAGUCCAAAGAUCGUUUUUCUGUUGAGGUCAUAUCUCAGCCUUCAUUAUGGACUCUCUCUAAUUUACAAUCAGUUGUAAAAGAAAAAAGUCACACCAAGGCUCUUUUUUUGGGUCACAGCUGCGAGCCAAGUGUGACAUGGCACCAAAGAGCAAAGUAGAAAGACAAAAAAACGAGUCUAGAAGAUGUUUCAAACUUUAAGUCUAUUUUUAGUAGUCUUUCUUUCGACCGUCUUUUUGAGAAUUUGGAAAAAAACAAGGAAAAACAUGCUUCUUUGGCCCUUUUGCAGUAAAAUUAUCUUUCCAUUUCUAGAAGAUUGGUUUUUUUAUAGGUCUUUCAUUUUUUUGUAAAACUAUCGAUUUUGUUCAAAAAUAAAGCUUCAAAAAUUUGUACGUAACUUUUUGGAUCAUCUAUCGGUUAUAUAAGCUGUAUAGAUUUUUGAUUUUAUAUGUGAAAUUUCUUCUUGAUUCCGUAGGUAUUAUGAUAAUUUAACAUGACUAAGUAGGAGUUCGUAUCAAAAAUUCAUUUCUAAUACUCAAAAGUUAUCACAAAGGAAGCGUGAACGCGUUACAAAAAGAUCUAAGAAUUUUCCAACUAUUUUACUAAACUCAUUCAUUGGAUUCUUAGUUGUUUUAAGGUCUAUUUCAAAGACUUCGAACUAUUGAAACGACUGUUUCUCAUCUUUCUUGAACUCGUUUUAUUGAAAAACUCUAAAAAUUUCGAAAUCUUUUUCUUAUAUUCUCUUUCAUUUUUUUGAUAUUUUUCAUGAAGAAAAACUUCGAAAGUAAGGUGAUAUCCUUCCUUUUCGUGAAAAUUUACCUCAAUGACAUCUCUCGACUUUUUUUAGAAUUCUUUAUUUAAAAAUCUUAUUGGCUUUCUUUUGUUACAAACUUAUUGCCUUUUUUUCGAAUUUUUCGAUCCAGGCAAAAAGUAAGGCUUGAAAUGUAGAAAUAUUUGUUUUUUUGUUAUAAAGCGAUCCAAAAAUCUCCUUUCCAUGCGAUAGUGGGCGUGUCGGGAGAGUGUGACCAAGCCAAAAAAAUGUAGGCGUGUCUUUACGGUCUUCAUUCUGUUGUCGAAACUCUGUCCCGAGCGGUCGGUCCGAGUUGGGCUUUCCUGCCUCUCCAGGGACUGGGGAAGACCGAUUUCCGACAUGACGGACUGUUGUUUCUCAGCUUUUUUUCUGUGCUGUUCAACUUUCUUGACAGGCCCUUUUUCGAGCUUUUUUUCUGUUUCGAAGUUUUGCAACUUUUUUUCUCUUAUUUUUCAACUCGAGCACAAGUAUUAGGCAGAAAAAUUGAAUUAUUUAAUUGUGCUUAGUUUCAAACUCUGUAGAAUUCGAUCCGUAUUUUUCUUUUUUUCAAAAAUGGUUUUCAGCCAUAAAUUGAAUUGCGAAGGCCUUUCAGUUCUUAUUUUCAUUGAACAUUGCAUCAAAGAGAUACAAAAUAUACUUUUUCUCUAACUUUUUAUUGUGAAAAAAAGCUCUCCAUCUUCGAUUCUUUUUUUCUCAAUUAAUCACUUUUCCAAAGCGCUCUGCAAAAAUAGAAUUGAGAAGCUUCAAGCCUUGUCACUAGAUCCAUUUUCUAUAAUUUGUCAUAUGAAAUUUUGAACUAAACCAUAUAAUUUGAACUCCAAAAAGUUACUACAGCUUGAAAUUAAUGUAUCUUUACUUUUUUUUGAGUCCAAAGAUCGUUUUUUUCUGUUGAGGUCAUAUCUCAGCCUUCAUUAUGGACACUCUCUAAUUUACAAUCAGUUGUAAAAGAAAAAAGUCACACCAAGGCUCUUUUUUUGGGUCACAGCUGCGAGCCAAGUGUGACAUGGCACCAAAAGAGCAAAGUAGAAGAUGUAAAACCGAGUCUAGAAAGAUGUUUCAAGUCGUGGUCUAUUACUCUAGUCUUCCUUUUUGAUUAUCCUUUGAGAGCAACAUAAAAAAAGAUUUUUUUGUUUUUCUCGAUUUUCGCGAUAUUUUUUUGACUUUGAAAUUGUUUGCUCUAAGAAAAACAGUAAUAAUAGGCGAAAUUGAGUUUAAAAAGCCUCGACCUCGGAGCUCCAGUUUUUUUGCUGGAAGAGCGUACUGUAGCGCGCAUUUGUCUGUGUCGCACUUGCUCAUAUUACCAAUUUUUCGCGGGGCUGCGUCUCUCAGGCGAGAGAACGACAGUUUUUUUUUUCGAAAGUCGCAUUUAUUUUGCUUCUAACUUUAUUUGUCACUCGUUUCGGUGCUUCUCAUCGUUUUUUAUCUUCUUUUUUUCUUUUUUUCUGAAACAAAAAAGUUUGUAAAAAGUUUUUUCUAAAGUUCUAAAAUUUAUUUCACCUGUUAUAAAAAUGUAUCGAAAAAUUGAAACGAUCGUAAUUUUCCUAAUUUUCUAGUUUUGUAGUUUUUUUUUGAAUGAAUUUAAUUGCUUUCGAAAAUUUUUUUAUUUUCAGCUCGUUCUAACUUCGGAACCCCCAACGAAAAAUGGCCAAAAAACGUAAGUUAUUUUUUCUUCAUUGCGCUGAAUAAAAAGAAAAUUUCUCAGAAGGCUCCCCGAAACGUUUCCAACAGAAGACGGCGGCCCAACUCAGUGGGUUUUUUUCCUCCAACCUGUACUCAUACUUUCAUUUAAAAUCUGGAACAUAAUCAAUAUUCCAAAUAUUUCAGAUCGUGAAGCCGCUAUCAUCCGCGAGCAACAGGAGCGAGGUAAUUUUCACUCUUUUUUUUAAUAAUGAAAGCUUCAAAACUUGUUUUUACAAAUGAGUCGUUUUCAGCGGACUCACGCCGUGGAGGCCUUCGUCCUCAGGCUUCUCAUCCUGCCGGUCCUGGUCCUGCCGGUCCUCGUCCUGCCGGUCCUCGUCCUGCCGGGCCUCGUCCUGCCGGGCCUCGUCCUGCCGCUCCUCGUCCUGCCGCUCCUCGUCCCCCGCAAGCUGCUCCAUCAGCUGCUGGUAAAUCAUCAUAAUCAGAUCUCCUAAUUUCAAUACAAAAAAAUUAGAUUAACCACGUCAAAAAUUUCCUUGUUUUUUUAAAAUUGUUGCAAUUCAAUCUAUUUUUUUCCUGGCAUUAGCUGAAAAAAAAUGUAACUCUUACUUUUGAUAAAUUACCGAAUUCAGUCGAUGAAGUGCAACCGGAAAAACGAAGCUGUCGUUGCUGCGGACGGGCCCGAGGAACCUGCCGUCGAUUCUCUCGCCGGCAGGCCCGUUUCUGGCAGCGCCAUCGCCAGUAAGUCUCUGCAAGAUUCAGAAUUUCCAUCUCCAUUUUUUUGCAAAAGUACCGUUUCAAAAUAAGAAAGCUUUACAGCGUUCUUAAAUAAAAAGACAUUGAGAUUUGAUUCCAGUAAAAAUCAAAGAGUUCAAACUUCAAUAAACUAUUUGAGAAAUCUUCUCGCUGGAUGACCGUUUGAAUCAAUUCAGUAAAUAUUUAUUCAAGUCUGAUAGAUUUCUCAGCAAAGCUUCAUUCAAAAUAAUUUUUUUUUUGAAAGAAUCGAAAAAUUUUAUUUUCGAGUAUGCAAACGGAAGUUUCAGACGUCGCCAUGCAAGCGGGAAGCUCUGAAAGCUUGAAUUCAAGUGGACCUGCAACCAAACGUCAAAAGCUCGUGGAUAAAGCGACUUCGCCGUUUGGUAGGCGUUUCAUUUCAUCUUUUUCUGGGUUGAGUGUCUUGGGGGAAAUUUCUCUUCAUCCGUGAAUUGGCCUAAAAUUGUCAAACUUUGUCAAGUUCGAAAGAAUUUUUUUCAGUUGCACCGAAAAGUUUUGAUCCGUCGUCGAAGAAUGAAGAGCACACCAACCAGUCUCAUGAUUUGACGCGUCGCGAAGGCGAUAUUAUCGUCCGGAUCGCGCCGAAUGAGAGCAGUGACAGUGAGAUAUUCGCACAAGAAACAUUGAAACUGAAUUUAUUCCAGAUUCUUCGGCUCCUCCUCCAUAUAUCUAUCUAAACGGUGUUCGGUACCGCUGGGCUCCUGUUGCAGUGGAAAAUGGGCAUGACUCGACGGAAUCUACAGGAGAAUUUUCGAGCGCUCCUGUCAUGGGUGCGUCUGAAAAUUUUUUUGUGAAUAAACAGAAAUAAAAAAGAAAUUUGCAUUAAGAAGCCAAAAACCGCUAUAAAUCCGAUUCAGCAGUCCAGCUAAUUCUGUUUUUUUGCUAGCCAUUCAAAUUCAAAUUUUCUAAUAAAUAAAGUUGAAAAAGCUGAAUUCAGCAAAUUUGUGAUUUUGAAGACUUUAGAACCACACAUUCAAAAGUUCUUCUGGAGAAUAUCAUGUUUCGUGAAACAAAUUUCUAAGAAUUCUCAAACUUUUGGGCCUGUGUUUUAUUCGCAAAGUCUUCAGAGACGAUGAACUCCAUCGGCGACGGUGUUUCACCUGCCAUCGUUUCUCAAGACGACGGCAGACGAAGUUCUGCUUCGUCGGUCGUCACGGCUGGUGAGUUACGCGAAAGUUUUUGAACUAAAGUUUGCAUGCGUUAGUUUUUUUUUCCGGAAAAAAGGUAGCACUUGUUUCCACUUUCUAAAAUCUGAAUGAGUUUUUUAUUCUAACAUUUCUUUUCUCGUUUAAUUUCACAAAUUUCGAUAAAAAAAAAUCUAGCAUUUUGAGAAAAAAAGAUCAUGGUCUUUUUCGACUGAACUUUUCUUUCAAAUAUGCAUAUUAAUGAGUUUCAGAAGAACCGAGCGCAGUCUCCACGCAGGCGCCACCAACUCAAGCCUCAAACACUUCCGAAUUGGUUUCGCCAACCUACGGAUGUCAGUUUUACGCGAAAUGAAUAAUAUUUCAGAGAAUAUAUUUUGGCAAAAUUUUGGAGUUCACUUCAAACGAAUUUUCAUUGAGCUAUGAAAGCCAAACUGAUUUUCGGGUUUCAGACACAAACAUCAGCGUGGUGCAAGUCUCCUUCACGAGCAAUGAGUCGAGAGCCGCGAACUCGGAACCGUCCAUCAACAGCUCGACGGCAAUUUCGUAUGACGUCACUCAAAGAAGCGACAGACCGACCCAAGUCUCGUCGAUCUCAAUUGGUAGGUUAUUCAAAAAACUUGCUCAUAAUCUAAAGCAGGUGCGCAAAAAUGAAUAUUUUUCAACGAAUAUCGUGUGAUUCAAACUCAUCUUGUUCUGUUCAAAACGUAUUUUGAAUGACACGCGAGGAGAUAAAUUACUUCGAAUUCUCAAGUUUAAAUGAACUCGCGGAUUUCAGAGCGUGAAUUGAACAUCAGUGAAGUCAACGGAGAAGUGAGCAACUUGACUGGCACACCGUCGUUCGUUGCCCAGAGCAGCGGCUGGCCCAGCCAAGUGUCCUCGCUCGUUUCGACUUGUGAGUCAUUUGAAAAAAAUCCAGCGUUUUCAUAACAAAAAGCCUCUCGCAUAAAUUGAUUACUUUUCCUAGAAAAAUUAACAACCCUCUCCUUUUAAGAAGCUCUUGAUUAUUUUUCAUUUUCAUAGUGUGAAACGGUAGUUUGAAGAUAGAGAAAUAUCAAUUUUUUUGUGAGAAAAUGAUUCGAAAUAAAUGAAAUGGAUAAAAAAAUCAAACAAAAACUGAAAUACCCAAUUAAAGAGUCGGAUUGUUUCCUAUUAGUUCGUCUCACUGCCUUUCAAAAAACAAAGAUUUUCGAGAAUCGAGUUUCAGAUUUUCGAACUCCGACGUCGCCGCUCUUGCUCUCCACGCCGGCCGACCAAUCUCAACCGAUUCCAUGUGAUCUGACCGUUGAGAACGACGUCUCGCCGGGUUUUUCCCAUAUUUCCAUUCUGUUACCAAGAUUCUGCAAUUCAGAUCACAUCGGGCACGUCUCAGUCGAUCAUGGAAGUGAUGGGUUGGCUGGAGAACCUGCCGACGUCUCAAGCGCCGGCAGGCCCAGUCUCCUGUCGAUCACAACCGGUAUGUUACUCAGAAAUUUUAGCAUAUAUUUUCAUAAAUACAAAAAAAAUAUCACCUUUCACGAAAAUUUCUGGCAGCGGGGCUUUUUUAACAGUUUUGAAACCAAUUUUGGUUGUAAUGAAGAGGAACUCCAAUUAUCAGCUCUUCUGAGAAUUUACUGACAACCUUUUGGAUUGAUCCAAACCUAGAGUAUUUUUGAAAUCGAACUUUCAGACAACGACGCUCCGAUCUCGCCAUUGGUGACAUUCACUCCGAUUGAAAGCCUCGACAUCGUUCCCCACCUUUUGCACAAUCGGAACAUCGGUUUGUCUCGUUUUUUCGUCAAGCUCAGAUCCAACAGAAGAUAUCUUUCAGAUGAAAUGAGUUUAGACUUCAAUGAAAUCAAAAAAAAAAGCUAGCUUUCUAAAAACAAAAAAGAAUUUUCCGUGAAGUGUACCUAUUUUUUUAUAAAUUGAUUCCCGUUUCCGAGAAAAAAAUACUUUUGAAUUUCAGUUCUGAAGCUGAUGAAUACCUUUUCAGAGCCCCCCCGAGAUCCCAACUUGCCCAAGCCAAUGCCGACGUUUACCGCCUUUUCUUCGCAGGAGCCGGUUCACUUCACGGUGAUGCAUAAUCGAGGUCUCCCAUAGUUUCCAUAUGAAAGUAUCUUCCACAUGACCAUCGACCAAACAUUCAACUUUUGAACAACCCAAUUUCUUCUUUGGUUUUAGCACCCUUUUGGAUUUUCUCUCAUUCAUCAACAUAAAAGUUCUUAUUUUUCAGCUCCUCCGAAAAAAGAUGUUUUUCCUUUCAUCUAGUUGUUCAAUCGUGUUCAAACUUUGAGAGAAAAAUUGUCUUCUUCUGAAAAAUAUUAUAGAUUUUUCAUGUCUUUCAUUUAGCUUCUCAAUUUUUCUUCAAACGGUUUUUCCAUAAUCCUUUUAUUUAUGAACUUUUCAGAGAAUCGAGAGGAAAUCGGAACCGAUAUCGCAGAACUCCGUUCUCCUGGACCUCGUCGAGCUUCUCCCUUGAACCCGACUUUCGGUGAGAAUUUCCUCUCAGAUAGUUCCGCUGUUCUUAAUGAAGAUACAUGAACAAGCGCAUUAUUUUUGUGACAUAAAACAACUGUUUUAAUUCUAAAAAAAUAAAAACAAUGUUCAGCAGGAAAAAAAGCAGGAAAUAAGAAGUUUAAUUCAAUUAAAACUACUUCUAAAUCGUGAUUUCGUUGAACCUUUGUUCUAAUAAAAAAAGGAAGGACACGUCAGAAUAGUAAAUUUUCAUUUUACAACAGAUAGUCGGAUUAAGACAAUUCAAAAAAAGUUCAUAUGGGUAGUCAACAUCAAGAGUUCCAUGGAAAAUUUCAGAAAUUUUGAGAAGACGAAAGAAAAUCUCAGAAGAAACUGUCUUCUUCAUUUUUUGUUGAAUUAUUGGUUUUUGUUCGCAUUCUAAUCAUUUAAAUCUUUUUGCUUUUCUUGCUAAGCUUGAAAAGCAUGUUUCGAGUUGUAGAAAAAACCGUAUAUCAAGAUUUUAUAUUUCUCCACAGGGAUGAGUCCGACUUCUCAAGACAAUCUGCACUCGGUUCGGAUUCCGUUCCCUUCGCCCUUGGCGUCGAAUGAACCUGAGACGGUGGCUGAAAAUGGCACCGCGGAGGUAUUUCUUUAGAUUCAAAAAUUCUUUUCGAGAAAAAUAAUUCAAAUCUUCUCGGAGUUCAGGAAAUGAUGAAGACCUGUCGUUUCAUUUCCUUCGAUAUCCGUUUCUAAAAACCGAAUAUGAAAGUUUUUCUGUGUGAGAAGUAUGACCUGAGCUCAGAGAACAGUUGUGAUUCAGGCUCAUUUCUUCGAAAAUGAAAAAUGUUCGUGGCAAAGUGGAUCAUGUCGAAAAAGGGAUUAAAAAAAAGCAAAACUUGUUUUUUCUCCUUGUUUCCAAACACUGUAGUCGUUUCUCAUCCGAAAUCUCCUGGGAAACUAGAUGAGAAAAAAAAAGGACUUUUUCCCAUCAAAACGCCCAGUCUAUUUCUAUCCAAUAUCCGUCUUCAUGAUUCACUUCAGGCCGAUCCUGUGGCGGCAGAGAGCGUCGACCCCGAGGCGGGAAAUUCCAAGGAUUAG